ACCAGACAAACUAAGGGAAGGAGUGUUUAAUUAGACUGGGUCAGUAAAAGAAAACAGUGAAAUUGAAAGAUUUUCUUUCUUUCUAGAACAUAUUUAGAGAAAACAUUUUUAUUGUAUGUCUACCAUGUAGCCUGGAUUUUGUUCAUUCUUGAAUAUUUUACAAUAAAAAAAUAAUUUUAAAAAACCGUGACGUGGCUCCGAUUGUCCGCGCAAGAUCUCUAUUUUCGGUCUGGGGAAAAAUCACUAGGAAGCGGUUUGGUUAUUUACUCUAACCCCUGGCUGGAGGCCUCCAGGUUCGUUGAUAGCCGAAAAGCUUUAUGUUUACAGUUAUUUGUAAACACGAAAGGAGUGAUUUAAAGGUCUUUUAAUAUAUAUUUUAUGGUCAAAAUAAGAGGAUUUACUGUGGGAGCAUCUCUAGAUAAUAGUGUACGUUAGGCUACUGUACCUGCACGAUAUGAAAUGACAGGUAUUUAGAAUUGUCUAGUUAGGAUUUAUAAAUAAUAAUAAUAAUAAUAAUAAUAAUAAUAAUAAUAAUAAUAAUAAUAAUAAUAGUCAUGGAUGAUAAAUACAGCAGUAAUGUUAUUUCAAGUGGACAACUUGGACCGGUGGAUGUGCCAAAUGCCAGGAUAACCAGAUACAUCAUAUUGCUGUGCAUCACCAAGUUGUUAAAAUCACUAGGAAUAUUUGAAUCCUAUGAUAUUCUUAAAGUUGUUCACAUUGUCCAGUUUAUUUUCAUCCUUAAAUUGGGAUGUGCUAUAUUUUUGGUUUUGUUUCAAAGACCAUUCUCCUCUGGAAAAGCUGUCACAAAACGACAGUGGAUCAAAAUCUUAAAGCAUGCAGUUGUUAGCUGUGUUAUUUCACUCCUGGGCUUUUUUGGCCUUACUCUCUGUGGACCAUUAAGAACGCUGCUGCUGUUUGAACACAGUGACAUUGUUAUCAUCUCAUUGCUCAGUGUGCUCUUCACUAGCGCUGGAGGAGGACCAUCAAAGACAAGAGGAGCGGCAUUGUUUAUUAUUGCUGUAAUUUGCUUGCUACUCUUUGAUAAUGAUGACCUCAUGGCAAAGAUGGCUGAUCACCCUGAGGGACAUCAUGACAGUGCUCUUACCCAUGCCCUGUACACAGCAAUCUCAUUCCUCGGGCUAGCAGAUCACAAGGGUGGAGUUGUGUUGCUGGUGAUCACCCUCUGCUUCAAGGUUGGUUUCCACACAGCCUCCCGGAAGCUGUCUCUUGAAAUUGGUGGAUUUAAACGCCUCUAUGCCCUUUCUAACCUCGUCUCGGCUGCUGUGCUGCUUCCCUGGGUUAUAGUUUUGUCUGCCACCACAGAGAGCAAGGUGGAAUCUUGGUCUUCCCUUAUCAUGCCUUUCGGAAUGAUUGUCUUCUCCGUUAUGGUUCUGGAUUUCUAUGUGGAGUCAAUCUGUACCACUAAGAUGGAAAGUGCUAAGUGUGCACGAUAUGGUUCCCUGUUCCUAUUCCUCAGCAGCCUGCUCCUCGCCAACUUCUGGACUCACCCCUUGACCGACCAGCUCCGUGCCAUGAGCAAACCAGCCCAGCAGCAGAGCACUGAGCAUGUGCUCUCAGGGGGUGUGGUGGUCAGUGCGGUUUUCUUCAUCCUAUCCGCCAAUAUCUUAUCUUCACCCUCUAAGAAAGGACAGAAAGGUACUCUGGUUGGAUAUUCACCUGAAGGUACGCCGCUGUAUAAUUUCAUGGGAGAUGCCUUGCAGCACACAUCCCAGUCAUUACCCAGGUUCAUUAAGGAUUCUCUGAAACAGAUCUUAGAAGAGUAUGACUCAAGGCAGAUCUUCUACUUCCUGUGUCUAAACUUGGCCUUCACAUUUGUUGAGCUGUUUUAUGGCGUUUGGACAAACAGCCUGGGCUUGAUCUCAGAUGGAUUCCAUAUGCUGUUUGAUUGCUCUGCCUUAGUUCUUGGACUUUUUGCUGCCUUGAUGACCAGAUGGAAAGCAACCCGCAUCUAUUCCUUUGGGUAUGGCCGGGUUGAAAUUCUCUCAGGUUUCAUCAAUGGCCUUUUCCUCAUGGUGAUAGCAUUCUUUGUAUUCAUUGAGUCUAUUACACGAGUCAUAGACCCUCCCAAUAUAAAUACAGAUAUGCUAACACCCGUAUCUGUUGGAGGAUUGAUUGUGAACCUGUUUGGUAUCUGUGCCUUUAGUCAUGCCCACUCUCACGGGCCUUCUAAGGGAAGCUGUCAGUCACAUGACCAUGGGCAUUCCCAUCAUGGACAAGGGCAUGGGCAUGGGCAUGGUGACCAUGGCCAUGGCCACGGAGGGCAUGGGCAUAGCCACAGUCAUGGUCAUGGGCAUUCCCAUGGCUCAUCGGGGGGAGGCAUGAAUGCCAACAUGAGAGGAGUAUUUCUCCAUGUCCUGGCUGACACACUGGGCAGUGUUGGUGUGAUCAUAUCCACAAUACUCAUUCGUCAGUUUGGAUGGCUUAUAGCUGACCCCAUCUGCUCCCUUUUCAUUGCUGUGUUGAUAUUUCUGAGCGUUAUCCCCCUGGUGAAAGAUGCGUGUGAGGUGCUCCUCCUAAGAAUCCCCCCGGAGCAUGAAAAAGAACUCCACAAUGCACUGGAAAAGGUUAACAAAAUUGAAGGUGUUAUAUCUUACCGAGACCCUCGUUUUUGGAGACAUUCUGCCAGCGUCAUAGCAGGGACCAUUCAUUUGCAGUUGAUGUCAGAUGUUGUGGAGCAAAGAAUAAUCCAGCAGGUAACAGCAGUGCUGAAAGAUGCAGGGGUAAACAACCUGUCUGUCCAGUUAGAGAAGGAAGCGUAUUUUCAACACAUGGCAGGCCUCAGUACAGGAUUUCAAGAUGUUCUUGCCACGACAAAGCAAAUGGAGCCAAUUAAAUACCUAAAGGAUGGGACUUACAUCAUGUGAACAGCUGCUGCAAAAGAUCCAAGAUGGCUGGAUGGGCUUGAAAGAUAAAAAUAAAGAUUUUGAGAUCCAUCAUUCAUGGUUUUUAACAAUUUUGAACAUUGAUGUACAGGAUAAUAAUAUAUUGAUGUAUUUUUGGAUUAAAAAAAGAAGAAAAACAUUGGAAAUAUUUUUCCUCUGAAAACUUAGGGAUGGGAGUCAUUAUUCAAUCUGACAGUUAAAAAAUCCAGAUUGAAAUGGGUUGCAUAAAUGGAAAUCUGUGUACAUCAACAUACUCAUUAAAAAUGAUCAUUAGUAACCUA